AUGGAUUAUUUUGAUGACAACCCAAGAAUUCCAACCACAAAACCAGCAUUAAAUCUUCUUAUUUCUUCAAUUGCAUAUAAGAGAAGAGGACUUCAAGCAUUUAAAGAUCAAGUUGUAGUUAGUGUUGUUAAAGAUGGUGGAGUGAUGCAUAUCUUAGGGAAGAAAUAUGUGGUAAGGAAAACUAUAGGGAUUCACAAUGACAUGCUCGACUUCAUCUGUCUCUCUAUCUACAUCCAAAAUGGUAAUUUUGAGUGA